UGCGACACCCCUCCAAAUCAUUGGAUUCAGGUGUUCUAAUCACCUCCAUGGCCACAGGUGUAUAAAAUCAAGCACCGAGGCAUGCAGACUGCUUCUACAGACAUUUGUGAAAGAAUGGGUCGCUCUCAGGAGCUCAGUGAAUUCAAGCAUGGUACCGUGAUAGGUUGCAAUCUGUGCAAUAAGUCCAUCCGUGAAAUUUCCUUGCUACUAAAUAUUCCACGGUCAACUGUUAGUGGUAUUAUAACAAAUGGAAGCAACUGGGAACAACAGCAACUCAGCCACGAAGUGGUAGGCAACGUAAAAUGACAGAGUGGUCAACGCAUGCUGAAGCGCACAGUGCACAGAAGUCGCCAACUGUAGCUAAAGA